CCGAGGCAAUCCCCGCCCGGCCCCGGGGCUGCUCAGCCGGUGUGGCCGCUCCAAGGGCAGCAGCCGCUCGUCGCACCCCGCGUGAGGCUCUUGGGGCUCCGGCCGUGGGGACCCGCCACAGCACGGACACCCAGCAGCGCUCUCUGGGCUGUCUCCUUAAAGCCUCGAGAAACAGCUCCUGCUUCGUUUGCCACGGUGAUGAGGCCACCAGUGCCUUUGGAUUAUUCGAGUGAUAUGCAGGGACCGCUGCUGGCCUUGAUACAAAAACUGUAGAUGUUGAACAUCUCGACAUGUCAGUGAAUUCGAAGGCUGACAAGCACGCUGAUCUCGCAACCCAGUUAGCCUUCCACAGGGGCUUCUUCAUUCAUGGCUUGGGCCAGGCACUCAUAGGAUGGACCAUCAGCUCUCCUGCAGGCACUGAAGUGACUUCACAAACACUGGCUGUGAACGAAGGUCCUCGCACAGGUGGCACGUCUUCUCAGAGAAAAAGGUUUAGAGAGACAUGGAGCUUGAAAGAAUCAUUCGAGACACACUGACACACUUCAUCCAGUCCCACAUCCCUGCAGCAGAUCUCAGUGGGAUGGAUGAUGUUUUCUUCUCUUAUAUCACGGGUGUCCUGGAGGAGCUGGGCUCACCAGAGUCCUCUGAGGAGAAUUUUGACAUGGACACCUUUGUGGAAAUGAUGGAGGCAUAUAUCCCUGGAUUUGCAGAAAUCCACAGUGGGGAUGUUUGCGAAAUGAUGUUCUCCCUCUCAGAAAGGCUUGGUGAAGCUCGCAACAAAGAAAAACCUGGCCAAAAGGCUGUGGAAAGCAGGAGUGAAGCACCCUCUGAAGACCUCACCAAGGGCCAGGAGCCUGGAGCUGGAGCCUGCAACGGGGAAAGGCUGUGCACUGUAACAGACGGAGCCAGGGCCCAGGAAGACGAUGACUUGAAGGAUGGGUUGGAGCUGCUACUGGAGAUGUUCCCAGCCUGUACCGUGAGCCAGGCAGAAAAGGCUCUUGCCAUGGCCUUGGGGAACUUGGAGGAGGCAGUGCAGUUAAUUGUGGAGGAGAAGGUGGAAAUUGGCCCAUCAGGUGUGAGUGUGAAGGAACUGGCACGGCCCCGCAGAACACCCAACCAUGAGGAACUAAAACAGGUUAUCCUACAGAAAUACAUGAUGGUGGAUAGUGCAGAUGAUCAGAAAACACAUCGGCCAGCUCCACCCAAAGAGGCUCCCAAGAAGUUGAUCCGCUAUAUCGAUAACCAGGUGGUGAGUACAAAAGGAGAGAGGUACAAAGACAUCAAGAAGCCUGAGAGUGAAGAGAUGAAAAGAACCUAUAUCAGCCUAAAACCAGCCAGGAAGUACAAGUUCCACUGACAGCCAGGUUCUCCUGCUCUUCAGCCUUCCACCUCACUGGCCAGGCAUGGCAGGAUGGACUGUGGUGCUAGGAAUGAGGGACUCCUCCACCUGCCACUAACUUGAACUAACCUGGGAGCCAGGACACUGUUUUCAGCUUCCUCAACUAACCUGGUUGACAAGGAGGAGACUUCUCUCCUUGUGUAGCUAUCCCUCUGCCCCCAGGGGCACACUGCACUGGCUCUCUGGGGCCUGGGCAUUCUCUGCUAUAUAUUGCAUGGGACAUUUUUAGAUCUGAGAUGUGGCUUGUGCUUUUGCAGCAAUCUUUUUAACAAGUCUCUGUGCACUGUUGCUUUGAGUGCCAGUAUUAAUAAAGAUGAUGUGAGUUGGUGUGUAGU